AUGACCAUCCAUGCAUUUUAUUUAAGGAAGCAACCACAUCAUGUGACCAACUCUGUGAAAAAUGAAUCGAGCGUGGUACUAUCGAUGCAUAACACGGAAAACGACGACAACCGUACAGAGGACGCUCUCAAGGCGUUUAUACAUGACGAGGCGUGUGGUAUAGGUGUCUUGACAUGUAUGGCCUUUGCACAUGACCAGCACAAAAAGAUACCAGUGUUAUGCGGGACAUUAAAGAACGCUCCUGUUUGCCUUGGGCCAAGUGGUAAAAAGUGUGAUGCUUUUUGUGACGCUGAUGGUGGCUCUCGAGUAUGUGCGUAUGCCUUUUCAAAAUGUUGUUCUCAUAGUCCCAAUGGAUGUAUUUCUUCUGAGCCUCGUAAUGUAGUCCUCAAUAACAAAUAA